AUGCGCGUGCGUGCACGCGGACGCUGGACUCCGGUAUCUGUGCUCGGGCAGCAGAGAUCAGCAGAAAGAAGAGGAAUGAAGGAAAAAGAAAAAAAAAAAAAAGAUAAAUAUUUCCAUUAAAAAAUAAUUUACUUAUAAAAAAUAAAUAAAAGAAGAAGGGAAAUAUGCUGCUCUAACGGCUCGACUGGAGCGCGCGCGCGGGUGCCUGCGUGUACGGAUCGCUUUAAUCGAAGAGAAGAAGAAUUAAACGAAUAAAUAACGACAAGAAGAAGAAGAAAAAAAGAAAGAAUAAUUGGAUCGGAGGCAGUGGAGGCGUCCCUCUGUCCGCGUGCACGAGAGACACACGAGAAACGGCGGACAGCGCGACGGCGCGCGAGGGGAUGACGGGCGGAGGAGAGCGGAGGGCGACGGCGCGCGCGUGUCCCGACGCGUUCCUGCGCAGCUCCUCCGGCGUGCCCAUCGCGAGCACGGAGUUUCUCCUGCCGUGAAGGAGACCGCAGCAUCUUCUCCCGCACAUCCGGUCCGCGGUCUCGCGCUGCACACGGACCCGUCCUUGGGUUUUUCCUUCAUGGUUCUUAUUAUGGGAUUUGGCUUCUCCUAAAAACCUUACACACACACACACACACACACACACACAUCUCCGUCUCGUCUCGGUAUCUGUGGAUCGCUUUAUUCCCGCUUCACACUCAGUAGGAUCGAGGAGGAUUGUGGAUUAAGGAGCGCGCACUGGGGUUUUUAUUAGAUUGUGCUUUUUUAUAUACCGAAGGAAUUCAUCCCUCCAUCUCAACAUCUCUCCAUCAUCUCUCCGUGUCUCCUGCACGAGUUCCGAAGUGGCGAGGUGGAGAUCCUGCGCGCAUUUCUGCGUGUCUCUGCGGUGGAGAGAGAGAGAGAGAGAGAGAGAGAGAGAGAGAGAGAACUACGGCGGAUUGGCGUGUUUUUAGAUUUUCCUGAUUGACACGGUCCGCUUGUUUUUGGAAAAUAAUUAUUACAGAAAUCAACAUCAGGGGAGGACAAGGAAGAAGAGGAGGAGGAGGUAAAGAAACGGAACUCCAGCGGCGGAGCUCGGCCUGAAGAGGUGUGUGAGAGUGACGCAAACACAACAACCUUCAAAUAUUCACACUCGGAAAAACAGAAUUCCUCCUAAACCACAUUCUCCUCCGAGCUGGAAUUUAGUGACAUCGGUUCAUCAUGGCGGCAGCUUCAUCACAACGAGCUCAGACGCUUCCCUCAGGACCUGUUCUCCUUCUGAGGAGGUAGGCGGAGCUUCUCAAACCUUCUCUGGGAAGGAAAAAGAAGAUGGACUGAGAUGUCUGAGAGGUGGAAUUGAUCUUACUACCCAGAAUUCCCUAGGAGAACAUACGAUGAGAUGAGUGACACAAGAAGAACGAUCUCUGGACGAGGAAGCUGAUAAACCAUGGAGCGGUUCGUUUUGUGCAUGAUGCUGCUGGGGGUUGUGGUGCGAGGACAGCAGUGCCCAGGCCGAUGUAUCUGCCAGACCAUCUCGCCCACACUGACCUUGCUUUGUGCCAAGACUGGACUCCUGUUUGUGCCACACACUAUUGACCGCAAGACCGUAGAGUUGAGGCUCACGGACAACUUCAUUACGGCCGUCCGUAGGAAGGACUUUUUAAACAUGACAAGCUUGGUGCACCUGACACUGUCUCGCAAUACCAUAAGCCAGAUCGCACCUCAUGCCUUUGUUGGACUUAAAGCAUUACGGGCACUCCACAUGAAUGGAAACCGACUAACCGAUAUAAAGAAUGACCAGCUGAAAGGUUUGGUCAACCUUCGGCAUUUAAUACUGGGGAACAACCAGAUCCACCAUAUUGACCCUUCCGCCUUUGACGAGUUUGUAUCUACAAUCGAGGAUUUGGAUUUGUCUUAUAACAACCUGAGGACGUUGCCGUGGGAGGCGAUAGCCAGGAUGACCAACAUCAACACACUAACUUUGGAUCACAAUCUUAUCGAUCACAUAGGAGCUGGAACUUUCACACUGCUCACUAAACUGGUGCGCUUGGACAUGACAUCCAACCGUUUGCAAAAGCUGCCACCGGACUCCCUCUUCCAGCAUGCUCAAGUGCUGUCUGAUCCGAAGGGUUCCACUAGUUCCUCCAAGCUGACAGUAAGUUUUGGUGGUAACCCUCUCCACUGUAACUGUGAGCUGUUGUGGUUACGCAGACUCACUCGAAAGGAUGACCUGGAGACUUGCGCCUCACCCGAGCAUCUUAUGGACAAGUACUUCUGGUCUAUUCAGGAGGAGGAGUUCAUCUGUGAACCUCCACUCAUCAUCAAGCACCACUCCACUAAGCCGUAUGUAAUGGAAGGCCAAGGUGUCACGCUCAAGUGCAAGGCAAUGGGGGAUCCAGAUCCUACCAUUCACUGGCGAUUUCCAGACGGAAAGCUGGUCCAUAAUAACUCGCGUACCAUCCUGUAUGAUAAUGGCACUCUGGACAUCCUGAUCACCACCCUGAAAGACAGCGGGGCGUUCAACUGCGUCGCCUCCAAUGCUGCCGGAAUCGCCACGGCAGCCGUCGACAUUAACAUGAUCCCACUGCCCUUGUUCGUCAACAACACCGGUCACAUGAAAGAGGCUGACCCGGGUCUGUCCGACAUCACCACCUCCACCAAAUCAGGCAGCAAUGACACCAAGCAUCAGGACAAGAGGGUGGUGGUGGAUGAGUUGACCUCCAACUCGGCGAUGAUCCACUGGCCUUCGGAGCGGCACAUUCCUGGGAUAAGGAUGUAUCAGAUCCAGUAUAACAGCACUAUGGAUGACACUCUGGUCUACAGGAUGAUUCCCUCAGAGAGCAAGACGUUCCGGAUCAACGACCUGGCGGCGGGACGCGAUUAUGAGUUGUGUGUCCUUGCCGUGUAUGAUGACGGCAUCACGUCCCUCACUGCCACACGUGUGGUGGGCUGCGUCCACUUCCGGACCGCUCCCGAGACCGGACAGUGUCAGUUUGCUCAAGCGCAGUUCCUGGGUGGCACCAUGAUUAUCAUCAUCGGUGGAGUCAUCGUGGCCUCUGUGCUCGUUUUCAUUGUCAUCCUGAUGAUUCGAUACAAGGCGUACGGUACGGCCGACCCCUCCAAGUUCAAAGGCGGAAUGUCUGGAAGCAUCCACCAGUCGGGUCGGACCACAUCGAAGAAACAAGAGCGUGCAGGAGAAUCUCCAAUGGGUACAGACUGCCAUGCUAUCGCACUACUUAGCCUCGAGAAUGAGACUCAGGAGGAAGCAAAGGCGCUGACGCCUCUGGUUAACUCCGAGGUGGCGGCUUUGGCUCUCGCACCUGCACCACCCAUUCCUCCAUCCCGCCGGGCGAGUUUAGGAGCCCCGCCAUCAGACGAUACGCAGACGGACAGCAGCCUGACAGGCUCCACCAUGUCACUUUGUCCCAUGGGCACCAGCACGAGCGAUAGGGACAGGAAGCGGACACCGGCAGCCAUUGGGUUGCUGCCCGGUGAGCUUGCAAGGGCGAGGCAUCGCUUCUCCUUUGACGGGGACUACACGCUCUUCCAGAGCCACAGCUACCCGAGACGGGCCCGCGCCCGCCGUCACAAAUCCAGCUCGCAGCUCGACGUCUCGCCUCCGACCGAACGCCGCAUCACGUUCAGCAGCAGCACUGAGUGGAUGCUCGAGAGCACCGUGUGAACAAACAGACACAUCCGGAUCCAGAGCUAGUCUUUAUUUCAUCAGUUAUCAGGGGUGAAUUUAAUCGUAAUACAUUUCCCAGACAAGAUCACAAAUAUUAAUCACUAAUAUAAUUCCAGUCCAGAUGUAGGUUUUUAUACUCCGACUCCAACAGAACCUCCUAACCAAUUCUGCCUUCUCCUACAGAUUACUGACAAAUUCCUUGACCUUUCCAGGACAGAGAGAACAGUGGUCCCCAAACUUUUCUGUGAGGGCCACAUUAUUUUUCCUUUCUUUAUUCGGGGGCCGGACCAAUCUGUAACAGAAAAUUACAUGGGCCAAAGUGACUAGCUGCAUUACUGUUGAGAUUUUAUUAUGAUUAUAACUGUAUUUAUUUUGACUCCCAAUGCUGGAUUACUUUGUUAUUUUUUUCUGCGCCACAGAAACAAAUGAGCGUUUUUUUCGAGAGCUAUAUAGAGGGAGGCGGUAACUUAGUGGUCAAGGCAUUGGACUUUGUAUCUGAAGGUAAUGAGUUUGAAAUCCAGCCACAUCAAGUUGCUACUCCUGGGCCCCUGGACAAGGCCAGUUAACCCCAUAGCUUCUCAGUUUCUAAAAUUAAUACUGGAUAAAAAAAAUAAUAAAAUAGCACUCAAUUGCUAAAUAGUACUGAACAUAAUUAAAAAAAGCAGUGAAUCAGGAAAAUGUGCUAAAGGAACGUCUCUGGCAUUGUUAUGAGAACUGUUUUAAAUGUUGGGGUGGGUGGUAUUUGAAGACCCCUGCUUUAAAGGAAAGCAUUGCAAAUCUCUGGCCUUUAUUGCAAAUGCUCAAAUUAAAACGUUUGACCAGCUUUAUAUUGGACCGCUUUAAAAAAACUAGUAAAAACUGCCCUGUUCGUUGCAAUGAAUUUUUUUCUUGGUCAGGUCCUGUGGGACCCCAAGUUCCCAAAACAUCUCUUGUCCAGACUAUCACAGUUGUGCAACACCAGUUCAGUUAUAUGUCAUUUUUGUGUUCCUCUUAUUCCUGAGCCACUUGAAAAAUUCCCUCCAGGCACUCUCUGCACACCAGCAGCCUUUUUUCACCAUACGUCAGUCAAGUCCCCGUACGCAGAAAUCUCUGAGGACUUACUAUGUUUAUUUUACUGCAGUUGCCAUGGUUUUGCACCGAUAUCCACACAAUCUAGCUGGAGAAUGCAGAAAAAAAUAUUAAAAAAUACGCAUUCGACUACAAAUCCCACAUCCUUCAAUUAAAAAUAGACAUUCUAAAAGGACAUGUUUGUCUAUGAAAUACAUCUGUGUAAUGCAUCAGUGUCUCCUGGUGUCAGGGUGACCUUCAAAAAAGGCUUAAGUGGUUUGUUGGACAAAAAAAACCUGAUCUGUUCAAACAAGGAGCUUUCAGAGGUAAAAACGAGUCUCGGGUCAUAGAGUAGGGUUGAACAUUUGGAACAAAAAGAUUGAAGGGAAAACUCAUUUUCUGCCGUCAAGUCUGUCAAGUUCAAAAACUUUGUGGCAUCGCUAACAGUAGCAGUAGUUUGCAAUGGGAAGUUUUACAGAAGGAACUCGUACAAAAUACACAGCAAAACUUCAGGUUCAGUUCUGCAACGUUCAGGAAUGAGAUUGAAGAUCUGAAGAUGAUUUAAGUGGCUCUGGAGUGGGAGGAUUCAGAGGUGUGAAUGAUGUAACAAAGGGGAAACAGACCUGUCAAUCAUAAAGAGGAACAUAGUGAGCUGGAAAUCAUACUGGAGUAAAAGUACUCUUACUUACUAAAUUACUCCAUUUCAAGUCAGCAAUUCCAAUAUGACAUGAGUAAAAGUCUUCAAAAAUCUGAUUAGAACAGAAGUUGAGUAUCAAAGACACAUUUUAGUGAAAUAAAAUUUUCCUAUUUCCUAAAAUAUCAAUAACACUGCAUUAAUCAUCAAUACAACGGCAUCUACAAAACGCCAAAAUGAAACCAACAAGUCAGUCCAACCAAUUAAAUCACAGGAUCAUGUCAGAACCAUUAGUAUUUAAUGUAGAAAUAAAUAAGCGAUGAUGAGAUCGCCCUUUCUGCAGAAUAAAUAAGCCGAGACAGCAGAAUGUAAUUAUUUAUGCUCAUUGUCAAUUAAAAUACAGUGGCGUAAAAAGCACAUCUGUUGAAUUGUAAAUGUACAUAUUACAGCGUAAAAACUCACUUAUAACUAUGAUAUUCACUAAAACCAGAAAGUGGUCAAAAAAAUGUGUCAUUAAUGUAAUGAAGAACAUUUACUCAAAUACUUUACACUGCUGAUGAGGUCUGAUGCAAAGUCAAGUUCAGUCCUUUAUAGCAAUUAGCACAGACUCAGGGGAGGGGCAUCACAUGCAUAACUAAAAGCAGUAAGGUGCAAACAAACAGUGCAGGAAAUUGGCACAUGCAGAAGUGAUCAUCUUAAGCAGACACUCUUAUACAGCGUGACACAACUGAGCAGACAAUGUUUAAGGGCCGUGCUUAAGGGCCCAGUAGCCUGGUUUUGCCAGGAUUUGCACUUGUGACCUUCUUAUCCAAAGUCCAAUGGCUUAAAAACCGAGCUGCCACCAUCAUCUUUCAAAAUAAAACCCCAUGCAGACUGCAAAAGGCAAUAAAAUGGAAAUAUAAUAUCAUUUUCAACUUUUAAUAGUUUUUGUGUGCAGCCUGGAACCAAUGGUCAGCGGCCUGGUGGUUGGAGAUCCCUGGGAUGUAGAAACCGCAAAAUGUUUUCACAAAGCCGAGAUUCUUGUGCAAUCCGCACUUAAAAAUCACUUACGAGAUGCUGAGAGGAUCUCGUCCGUUUCUCAGUGGUUUUAUUUCGGAUCUCAGGCGGUGUAGAAGAUUUUGUUUUCCGUGAUCUAAACCAGAGAUCCAGCUGCUGUAAACGUGUCUGAUGGAGUGCGAUGGAGGGAAGUGGCGUUUCCCGUGGCCACAGUUACAGUCAGAGAGCUUCAGCGCUCACGUACUGAUGACAUGUACACACAAGUUUUUGGUUUAUUACAGUAUGUGCUGUAUUGUCAUGCGAAGGGAAAAUUUCAUGCAGCAUCCUAAAAGACGUCCGAUACGAUUGUUUACCUCAGACGUUGUGUAACAGUUUGGGGAAGAAGCACAUCUGGGUGGGGAAAUCAGGGGUUACAAAAUUUGGAGCUCAGAAACAAAAUGGCUGAAGGUGGAUGCAGGUGUUGCUCAAGCAGCAAUAAACAAACAUCUGAAGGUCUGGAGGUCAGGAGCCAAUGGAGAUGAAUUUUCAAAUCAUGUCAUAUUUUGAACCCGAUCUCAAGUUUAUUGGCCUUUUUCAUGAUGCAAAAUAUAAAAGCGAGAAUAACUGAUGAAAAUAAAGUCUCCGAUUUUGGGAUCUUGAUGUAAAAACACACACGGAGUUGUUUUUUGUUCCCGUCACGUGUCACGUGUUGUCUGUGUUCUGUGUUUGAUUUGAAAGCACAGUCUGGCUCCGUCCUGCUUCAGACACACAGAGAGACAGACAGACAGACAGAGAGACUGUGAUAAAAAGAAAGAAACGGUCUCCAUGCCCCUACCCAUAAUGCAGCGGUGCCUUAUUCCUGAACGUGUACUAAUGGAAGACGUGCUGCUACGUGUCCGUCUGCUCUUUACACACCUCCACUCUCUAUCCAUCCUUCUGUCCUUCUGUUGAACUUCUGCUGAUUUUUCUACGUGACGCCACGGGCGAGAGGUCCGACAGGAAACGCGACUGCUCCGUUUUCUUUCUAAUACUUCAUUAAAAAAGGGAAAAAAAUAAAAAAUGACUGCAAACGCUAAAACAACAUGAGCUCACACGAUUCCUUUCAUUUCCAGACGACUGAAUGCACAGAAGACACGAGACGCUAAACAUCGGGCAUGCUUGGGUCCGACGCCGCCGAAAAAUACAAAACAAUGAAAAUAUUCAAAUCAUUCAUACAAACACGGACUGCAUUCAUUAAAAAAGAAAAAAAAAACAAACAACCCAGAGACUGGUGACCACCAUGGACUCUUUCAACCAGGAUGGACAGAUGAUGAACAUCAGAGAAAAGACUUUACGCUCGUCAUCCGUGUCGUAUCUGGCCGGUGUGGAUUAAAUCACACAAACAUGAAACAAAUGGAAAAAAAAAAUAAAUCUGCAGAUGCAAAAUACGUAUAUGAAUAUAUUCCGAACUUUAUCUCUGUAUGUGUUCCAAAAUAUGUAAAGUCAUAGGUGAGGUGACUUUUUACAGCGUUCUGGAUGAUGACUGCCAGUUUUUACAUUAAAAAUCUGCGUCGUCACGUCCCCCCUCCUCCCCCCCCCUUUAAUUUAGUUUAUUA